AUGAGAUUCUUACCACGGUCUAUCACGGCUGGGGUGGUGGCCAUCACCCUCAUGCUGUCCCAUCCAGCCACAGCGAUUGAGAAUGGCUCGGAGAAGCUCGCCUCUUACUUGGCCGCACAUCCAGUUGCAACCACUUCGGCUGCUCCGGCAGCCAUCAGCAACAACACGCUCGCUCCAGAACUCGUCGAUUUGGUUCUGAGUCGUUGUCCCGCCGGAUGCAAUGAGUCCGGCUGGAAUUCAGGCAACUGGACUCUGUAUCCCAGACUUGGACGAUUGUCAAUGUGCAACGAGACUAUGCUUCUCGAUUUCAACCCCUCCAACUCUUUGCGCAAGGACGAGACUGUUCGCGCUUGUACCGCCAGCUUCGCAGUGGGCGCAAGCAACGUCACUGGCAAUAACACCACCCAAGGCCCGUCUUGUUUGCCGAAAUGCAGCGUUACCAAGGUCCAAGAGUCACUGCAGCUGGCUUUCAACGUGACCAAAACGCCAGCAGAGUUGAAGGACUUUGAAGCUGCGUCAGAACAGCUUUCCGCCUCCUUGUCUCAACGGGAGUCGAAUAGCACAGACAUCAUCUCCUUUGCAUACUCCAACACGGUCGCUCUAGGUCUCUUCGCGGGAUCCGGAGUCCGCGAUAUCCCGCCAUCGGUGCUGCGUCAAUUCAUCACCAAGAUCAAGACCACUGGUUUCUCUGACAGUGUCGUUGCGCAAGUAUGUGCCAAGGACGGCCGCAGCUCCAGAUACAGCCUCGGUAUUGCUGUGAGCGGAGAUCGCGAUCUGAAGUUCGUACAGGAUGCCGUGGCGACCUGGGCAUCCGGCGAGUGCAUCACUUUUUUCGACAAGGUGGAAGACUGGCAGGACAUCACGUUGUCGAUCCCAACCGUUUCCAACAACAGCACUGCUAGCUUUGGCAACAGUACCCGUGCCAACAGCACCGCCGGUACCGCCUCAUUGGUGUCUAGCAGGUCGAACAUGCUGCAACGACGAGCUGAAUGUUCAACUGUUCAGGUCGUGUCCGGUGAUAGCUGCGCGAGCUUGGCAGCUGAGUGUGGUAUUUCCGCCAGCGACUUCACCACUUAUAACCCGGACUCGACACUCUGCUCGACUUUGCAAGUGGGACAGCACGUCUGCUGCUCCGCCGGAGAUCUCCCCGACUUCCGCCCGCAGCCCAACUCGGAUGGGACCUGUUUCUCUUACUACGUCGUGCCUGGCGACAGCUGCUCUUCCUUGGGAGCAGCCAACAGUCUGACCAAUGACGAGAUUGAGAGCUUCAACACCCAGACUUGGGGCUGGCAGGGGUGCUCGAACGUGCAAGCCUACCAGUACAUCUGCCUUAGUUCUGGUGCACCUCCGAUGCCGGCUCCCAUUGCCAACGCCGUGUGUGGCCCGCAGAAGCCCGGGACCACCCAACCUGGAGCAGGUGUCGAUCUAGCGAGCCUGAAUCCUUGCCCCCUGAAUGCCUGCUGUAACAAGCACGGCCAAUGCGGUAUCAACAAGGAUUUUUGCACUAUUUCUCAGUCGGAGACUGGUGCGCCCGGAACAUCGGCCGAGGGCGAGAAUGGCUGCAUCUCCAACUGCGGAACUGAAAUCGUCGUGGGAUCAGCUCCGGCCGAGCCCAUCAGCAUCGGCUACUUUGAAGCCUACAACCUGGACCGCCCGUGCUUGAACAUGAAGAUCACCGCGAUGGAUGUGACUCCGUAUACGCACAUCCAUUUGGCAUUCGGCGUUGUCACGACGGGGACAUAUGCCAUCGACGUCAGCCAUAUCCAGGAGCAAUGGGAGUUGUUUCAGCAAAUGUCUGGUUUUAAGAAGAUUCUUUCUCUCGGCGGCUGGGCUUUCUCGGCCGAGCCCGCAACGUAUUUCAUUUUCCGAGACGCCGUCAACCCCGCCAACCAGGACACCUUUGUCGCCAAUAUCGUUGCGUUCGUGCAAGAUAAUGACCUAGAUGGCAUUGACAUCGACUGGGAAUAUCCCGCCGCCCCAGACAUCCCCGAUAUCCCAGCCGGCACGGCCGAGGACGCCGCGAACUAUCUCACCUUCUUCACAAAGCUGAGGGCCGCGAUGCCUUCCGACAAGUCCGUCUCCUUCUGCGCGCCCGCUUCUUUCUGGUACCUCAAGGGCUACCAUAUUGAGGAAAUGGCAGAGUUAGCCGACUACAUCGUCUACAUGACAUAUGAUCUUCACGGCCAGUGGGACUACUCUAACCAAUACGCGAUCGAUGGCUGCCCAGAGGGCAACUGUCUGCGUUCUCACACCAACAUCACCGAGACUCUCCUCGCUCUGUCCAUGAUCACAAAGGCCGGCGUGCCAUCGAGCAAACUCGCCGUAGGCGUCUCGAGCUAUGGACGCUCGUUCCAAAUGACAACGCCUGGCUGCACCGGUCCCAUGUGCACGUACACAGGCGACGGCUCUGGGGCGUAUCCCGGACCAUGCACCGGAACCGCAGGAUACAUCGCCAACGCCGAGAUCAAUGCCAUCCUGGCGGGAACUGGAACCUGGAUGACGUCGUCCGGAUCUCUGCAGUCAAUCGAGUCGUACUCGUCGUACUUUGACGAAGACAGCCAGUCGAACAUUGCCGUGUACGACUCUACACAAUGGGUCGCCCACAUGGACGACGACCUCAAGGCAGACCGGAAGGCUCUCUACGAAAGUCUCAACUUUGCGGGAAUCAUCGACUGGGCGAUUGAUCUGCAAGGCUUCGGUGGGGACAGCAUCGAUUACGGCUCCUCUUCCAACAUCGUGUAUCCUCCACCGAGCAUCUGGGACUCCGAUGAUCCACUGGUAGGCUGCGAACCGCCUUGUAUCGUCGUCUUCCCUCCGUACCCUCUUAGUUCUACGCAUACCGUCACGAGCUGGCCAGCUCUGACGACAACUCUCUUGUCUUCUGGAGCCGGCGGUGUGUACGUCGUGACUACAACGAUUCCUGUCCCGUCCUUCACCAUGACCGACGUCAGCCUCCAACCCCUGACACUUCAAUCGACGGAUACAGCGCACUACAGUAUCAAUCCUGUACAAAGCAUCACACCGUCUUCUUUCGUGUAUACUCUUCCUCCGAACCACGCCACCUUUCCCGUCACCACCCCAACACCGGCCACUUCCUCCGACACGGACGUGCCUCUGGUCAUCAUUCCCCCGGCCACAUUCUACCCGACUUCAUUUCCCGUGACUAUUCAGCCUCAACCGACCUACUCCGUAGACUACCCCGACCCGACUGUCCCAAUCCCUCCCGUUGCUGUUACACCGACGCCAACCUCUUCUUCCACAGGUUGCACUGGAUCAGGCUGCGGAACCCGCGAUUGCGGCAUUUUCGGCUGCGACGGCGGCUGUGGUCUGUUCGGCUGCGAUGGCGGAUGUGGAAUUUUCGGCUGCGGUGGAGGAUGCGGCGUCUUCGGUUGCGUGCCAACCUGUCCUCUAUUAUCCUGCGGUGGCGUGGGUUGUCUGAUCCCGGGCGGGUGCGGAAACACGCAGGGCACCGACGGCGGCGACAGCAGCGAGAACUGUGAGGAGCCUGUGACCGCGUCGGCUUGCACUUAUCUCGUCACCAGCUAUAGCGCGUGGUACAUGGAGUCGUCCACACGGACAACGGAGACCAGCUGUGUGACGAGUACGGCUUGCAACGGCCAAGAUACUGCGACAACCACGACACCCGGUAGUCCUGAAUGCUCCAUGGAUCCAGACAUUGCCGCGGCUUUGUCUGCCGAGCAAGCAGCCGAUCAGACCAUGAUCGACGGGAAGCAGAUCCCGUUGGAGUUCGCUCCAGCCAACCCAUCUGACUACGACGGAUCAACCUUCACCGCUAAGCAGUUCGGUCUGACGGAGACCAUCACUGUUAUCGCAACCUCAACGAAGACGACCACACCAACCACCACGGUCACUGUCGUGGUUGAGCCAACCGCAAAGGCCGACUGCGCUUACUGGAUCACGGCGUUUGGUUGGUACACGUUUGAAGUAUACAACAUCGACGGCUGGAGCACCGACGGCGGCUCCCGUCUCAAGUCGGAGGAAAAGGGCUGCGGCGCCCUGACCGGCUGGGACUGGCGUGAGCGCACCUCCUCCAAGUACGCGGGCGCCUACUUCAACCUGCCUUUCUUCAUGAAAGACGGCUGCGUCGAGCGAGCUAUUGUGUCAGCCGGCGGUCCCAAGCUCUCAUGCGAAUUCACCGGCUACGACAUUGGCGUUGCGUUCCUCCCAGCCAAAAAGCGGUCCACCUCAGAGGACAACUUGCCGGAGCUGCGUCGACGACAGUACGUCAGCGACACACCUAGCUUGCCAAGUCGAUCAACAACACAGAGAACGACGUACUCGCAAGAGCCGACUUACGCGCCUGAGCCUUGGGGUCCCGGGGACACAGUCACUUUCACGACCACCAUUGAGUCCGUGACUAAGUCAACGUACACGACGGAGGUUGUGCUGGCUUCCAUGGGGACUUCUUCGUCGUCGGCCUCGUCGGCCUCGUUAUCAUUGACUUCCAGCAGUACGACGUCAUCUUCGAGCUCUGCAGCCCCGUCAGCUUCGUCGAAUCCCUCAGGCGACGGCCGCUGCGGUGCCGACUUUGGAGGAACAACCUGCGCUGGAUCUGGGUAUGGCGGCUGCUGUUCGGAGUAUGGCUACUGCGGCGACACGACGGCGCACUGCAGUACAGGCUGCCAGUCGGCAUUCGGUUCAUGUACCGAGUCGGGGCCGGUGGUUUCGACGGAUGGCACAUGUAGUUCGACCAGUGAUCCCGAAGGCGCGACCUGUCUUGGGUCUGCUUUCGGCGAUUGUUGCUCAGAGUGGGGUUACUGUGGAAGCACGAAUGCCUACUGCGGAACGGGAUGUCAGCUGGCAUUUGGUUCUUGUACAGAAUAA